AGAGUAAUGCGGUGCAAAAGUUCACAUUAAAUUACUUGUAUUAAAAACCUUUCAACUCCAGAGAUGCCAGAUAUUUAACCUUCUAUACAGACAAGAUAUACAGUACAGAAAAAUACAGAUUUUUGAACAGUGAUUCAAAUUUCUUCAGAAAGUAUAAAAUGUAAAGUUAAAUUUAAUGAAAACUUUAUAAAUUGCUGCAUAAACUUUAAAGAAUUUAUGAAAAAUUGCACAUGUUCACACAUGUUAAAAAAAUAAAUACCAGUAAAAAUUAAAAACCGUCUAAAAGUAGUACAUUAUAUUUAGUUUUUAUUUGAAAUCUAGAACUCUUGGUGACUGCUAUACCCUCAAAUACGACGAUACAGAAACAUCUGUAUUGAUACAGAUUUUUGUUAAAAUAAUCUGGCAUCCUGACUAGAACUAAAUGAGGAACUCGAAAAAAAUCUAGUACUACGUUUUGAAGACAACAUGUCGAAGAAUCGUUUAGCGAGAAAUCCCGAAAUUAUGUUCUUUUCGUUUAAAAGUUAUUUUGCGGAAACAGUUGGGUACGAACUUUUGCCCUGCAUUACUCUAUACCCAGAAAGCUGAAAAAAAAAAUCUCUACUGGAAAGGGGAUCGAACCUGCCGACGAUCCUAAGUUUUGUCCAGUAGACUAAUGGAAAUAACUAGAUAACAUAUAUUUAUGCCAUCAUCGGGAAGGAUCGUCUACUAACCUUGCAGCUCAAUAUCGCCCCAUCUAAUGGUAGUUAAUCCCAACCCACUCAGACAUCUAAUUCUAACGCAUUACAAUGUUGCAGUUGAUGCAGUGGCAUUACAACUAGCUUCCAAUAGAUACCAGACACACGCGGCGUUUUGCAAUGUUUGUUUUCUUUAUCAGCAAACUAUCGACUCGGUGGUGUAGAUUCCGUAGCUCGCGAAUAGUUCGCUCGUCCAAUUUAUUAGAAAUUUAAUGGUCACUUUCCUUUUGCGGCGUCUAACGGGUGCAGCGUUGUGCUGAGGUUUGGCUGCGUGGUGCGGAAGGUGGUGGAUCUCGCGGCGGCGGUGGUGGUUGCAAUUCUCAGUACUGGCGAUGAAAUGUUGGAAGUCUGAACCGUUGUUGUAAGAGCUGAAGUACCGGCACCUCCUGCAGUUCCUCCUCCUCCUCCUUCUCUGCGAUGACCGUGAGCAGCGUUAGCUACCCAGAGAGCUUAUCACCUUACGACAACAACGGCCAACGGCCCUUAUCACCACCGUUAGCUAUGUGGUGGCACGAAAACACCGUAAACAUAGCUACUGGGUACGUGGUGGACUGCGUGAUUCCGCACCGUCCUCCAGUAGUUUACACACAACAACGAUGGACGCACUCGAACGGAAACUGAUUGCAGAGUUCUUGGCCUCGAAUGCCGCCAUCCAGGUGCAGGAGAGGUUCAAAAAGCAAGCCGAGCGACUACUAGCUGGAACUGGGAAAUACGGUUUGGUUCUGGUGGAUAACAUCUUUACGGCGGCCACCAGGCAGCAGGUGUACGACUUCUUGGCCAGUAUCGUUGACUUGUCGGCGAGUAGGAGCGGUCGUGCGUUGGAGGCAGAUCAGCUGUUGGAUGUUCGGGCGGAGUUUCUGCUGAAGCUGGUUGAUGGGAUGGCUGCCUUCCACUUCUCGGUUGUUCCGAUGAUGCUGGUUUCGAUGGAAGCUGAUCGAAGGUAUUGCUUGAAGGAGUCGAUUGUGGUUAAGGUGAUCAGCAGAGUCGGGGACAUAAGCUACAUGGAUCUGGACGGACGAUGUUCUACGCAGCUGGAGCAGGUCACGCAGAACACUAAGCUUCCGUUUGGAGUUCUGUGCUACUUGGAGCCGGACAGUGUACUGGACGCGGAGAGUCACCGUCUGGCUAUGAAGUGUAAAGUUGUGGGCCGACAGUUGAUGGUUCAGAGCGUUGCAGAUGGACUGCUGACGGCAUUCAAUAUUGUUGGCAGUUUGGGACUGAUUGUCGCUUCUGGCUUCUGGGUUAUAGCAAUUGGACUGCUGACCGCUGGGAGUAGCUUUUAUCUGGUAAUGAGAGGUGUAAUCGAAUUCCUCAAGGUCCGUCGCCAUGGUCCAUUACGUGGGCAACGAUGUACAACGUUCAACAUAAUGCUGCUUACGGUGUUCAACCUCGCAUCACUCGUGUUCGUCAGCCUUCCGUAUAGCAUUGGGACGAUAGCACUGAGAGGGUCAUCUAAGUUUUUCCUAGUGCUUUGUGCAUUCGUCGAUCUUUGGUGGUUGGUAAUGUGGCGUCCCAUGCACACGAGAGGUUGGGUGGACGUAUGAAGAUGGUACAAUAUAAUAAUGUUAUUCUCUUUAUAUAGGUAGAAAUACAGCCAUUCCAUAUAAUAUCGAUAUUUGUAGUUCAUCGAAAAUAAUUAG